AAGAAGGGGGGAAAAAAAAAAAUACCGAGAUUUAAGAGUGUUGAUUUCGCUUGAUUCUCAAAAACCUCUAAUUUUUCUCCGUUCCUGACUGCACCGUCUUCGGUGGGGAAUGCGGAGAGAUGGGCGGAGCUUCGUUGACAAAGCCUGAGCUGUGUGGACGCGCCAAAAGGUCCAUCGGCGGCAGGAACUGCCACCGGAAACACGUCGAGGACGGGUGAUCUGUUGUGAAGAUCGCCUCGUACUCUUCAAUACUCUCCUUUCUGUUUCCUAUAUCAUUGUUGUAAAUUCUCGAAUUUUCAGAUCUCGAAUCGGUUCCGGUGGUGAGAGAGUUGAUAAUGGCUGAGAAGAAAAGUAAGGCUGAUCAAUCGGCUUUGCUUCACGGGAGGUAUGAGUUGGGGCGGAUGCUUGGGCAUGGAACCUUCGCGAAGGUGUACGUCGCCCGGAAUCUGCAGACGGGGAAAAGUAUGGCGAUGAAGAUUGUUGGUAAAGAGAAGGUGAUUAAAGUUGGUAUGAUGGAGCAGAUCAAGCGGGAGAUUUCUGUCAUGAAGAUGGUGAAGCACCCAAACAUAGUUGAAUUGCACGAGGUCAUGGCGAGCAAGUCCAAGAUCUAUUUCGCCAUGGAGCUCAUUCGAGGCGGCGAGCUCUUCGCUAAGAUUGCGAAAGGUCGGUUGAGGGAGGACCAGACCAGAGUUUAUUUCCAGCAGUUGAUUUCCGCGGUCGAUUUCUGUCACAGUCGCGGCGUCUACCACCGUGACUUGAAGCCGGAGAACCUGCUUCUUGACGAGGACGGGAAAUUGAAGGUUACGGAUUUUGGCCUCAGCGCGUUCUCUGAGCACUUGAAGCAGGACGGCCUAUUGCACACGACUUGUGGAACGCCGGCUUAUGUGGCGCCAGAGGUGAUUGGGAAGAAAGGAUACGAUGGGGCCAAGGCGGAUAUCUGGUCUUGUGGUGUGAUUCUGUAUGUUCUUUUGGCCGGAUUUUUGCCAUUUCAGGACGAUAAUUUGGUUGCCAUGUAUAGGAAGAUUUACAGAGGAGAUUUCAAGUGUCCGCCGUGGUUUUCCCCUGAGGCUCGCCGUCUGAUCACGAAGCUUCUGGAUCCCAACCCAAGUUCUCGAAUCACCAUUUCAAAAAUCAUGGAAUCCAGUUGGUUUAAGAAAUCCGUGCCAAAGAACGUACGAACCAAAGAGGAAUCGGAAUUCGAAGCGGAAGAAAAAUUCAGUGACAAAACGGUAAAGCAGCCAGAGACCCUGAACGCUUUCCACAUAAUUUCUUUAUCCGAGGGCUUCGAUUUGUCCCCGUUGUUCGAGGAGAAGAAGAAGGAGGAGAAGCCGGAGCUGAGAUUCGCGACAACACGGCCGGCGAGCACCGUGAUAUCAACACUGGAGGAGGUGGCCAAGACAGGGAAAUUCAGCGUUAAGAAGAGCGAGUCUAGUGUGAGACUUCAGGGGCAGGAGUGUGGGCGAAAGGGGAAAUUAGCAAUUGCAGCAGAGAUUUUCGCAGUGACACCGUCCUUCCUGGUUGUGGAGGUGAAGAAGGACAACGGAGACACCCUUGAAUACAACCAGUUCUGCAGCAAGGAGCUCCGGCCGGCUCUCAAGGACAUCGUCUGGACAUCACCCGCCGAGAACCCCACGGUUUCUUAACGGAGAUAAGAAAAAUUAUUAUCUGGGGGCCUUCAAGAUUACAUGAUGUAGAUCAUUGUUUACUAUUUACUUUUUAUGAAAACGGAAGACUAUCAUCGUCGCCGUCGUCGUUGUCCAUUGUUUCCGAUCAAUUAUUAGUGGUGUUUCUGUGAUUGUCAUUUGGUCACAGAGAAUGAUGUGUUAAAUCAUUUGCUAAGUGAAAUUUGGUGGUCUGUUUCCUGUCAAUUACAGU